AUGUCAAUACCACUAUGGAAACUAACUAAGACAUUUCUACUAAUCAAAUUAAUCCAACUAGCAAUCGUCUAUUUCACACCAUGUCAAUUCGAUACAUCAUCCGAAAUCAUUAUUAAUAACCUAAACACAGAAUCACCCUAUCCUGAUGUCAUAACUACCAUACUCAAGAAACUAAUAGUUUGGGAUUCGGUUUAUUUCAAUGACUUAUUUAUCAAUACAAUCAAAUAUGAGCAUACAUUUGUGUUUAGUCCAGGAGGAUGGGUUGCAUUGAUUAGAUUUUUAUUCAAACUGGAACUGACUACAUACUUCCAAUUACAAUUUUACAGUGUUUUAAUGUCCAAUCUUUUCCAUUAUUUGAAUAUGAUUUUAUUAUAUCAACUUACUAGAAUAACUUAUGAUUGUAGGAUAAGUGAAUUAGCAAGUAUAUUUAUGAUCUUAUCCCCGGCUGGGAUAUUCUUAACGGGGAAUUAUUCCGAGAAUUAUAGUAAUUUCCUUACAUUAUUACAAAUCUAUUUAUAUUUCACAUCAGUCAAUUCCCAAGAUUUUACCAAAGCAAGUAACAAAUCAAUUAGAAUACGUUGGAAAUAUAUUGUUUCUGGAAUCAUAAAUGGGGUUAAUUUCACAGUAAGGGCAAAUUCAUUAUUACUUGGGAUUAUCUAUUUAAUUGAUUUAUAUCAUUUCUUCAUAGACUGGAAUAUUGAAGAAUGCAUACUAUCAAUUAUAACCGGCGGGAUCCUAUUUAUAUCAUUCGCGGGAACCAAUAUUUAUCAUUAUUUGUUAUUUUGUCCUGGUAGAGGUGAAUGGUGUAAUUCAACGUUUCCAAGUUUAUUCCAAUAUUCUCAAGAUAAAUACUGGAAUGUUGGAUUGUUUAAAUAUUGGACAGUUAACAAUAUUCCAAACUUCUUGUUAGUGACGCCAAUCAUAGCCUUAAACGUCUAUUCCAUUUAUUAUUUCUAUAUACAUGAAUUGCCUAAAUAUAAACGAAUCUUAAGUUUGGUGGUUGUGAAUGGAUUGAUUAUAAUUGGUGGAGUAUUCUUUUGGAAUACUCAGAUUUUAAAUAGAGUCACUAGCUUUUCACCCAUAUUAUAUUGGACUUUGGCAAUUGAAAUGAGGAAGGGAAAGAAAUGGGUUCAGUAUGCAAUGUAUUAUGCACUUAUGUGGAAUUUUAUUCAGAGCGCAUUAUUUGCUGCGUUUAUGCCACCAGCUUAG